UUUCUCCGUUCUUCUUUCCCAUUCUCUGUUUUCUCCCGUCAAAAUUUUCCCUUUCGAAAGCCCACAUUUUCUCCACAAAUUUUCCCUCCCUUUCCCUCUCUCUCUCAAAGAAAGAAAUUCGGCAUCCAAAGUUCCCUUUUCUCUUAUUCUUCCUCUCUUCUUCUUCCCGGUUUCGCAUUUGGUUCCGAUUCCUGAAUCAAAACCAUCUAUUUCCCCUGUUUCCUUUCCUCUGUUUCUUCUGCCUUUUGAACACUGCCCAUAGUUUUGAUAUUGCCCGGGAAAGAUGGGGUUUCCGAAGAAGAAAGUGGUGGAUUCCGGGUUGGAAUAUGACGGGAAGAAAUGGGUCAUCGCCGGAAUCUCGAUAAAGCCACUGAAGCCGGUCAACACGAAGCCCAGAGGCAGAGCAACCGCCACCGGCGGAGGAGGAGAUAAUAAUACGGCCGCUUGUGCCGGCGGGGUCGAGGAAGAAGAGGAGCGUUCAACCACCCCGACAGCGAGGGAGGCAAGAAUACCGGAGAAACUGCCGUGCCCGCCGGCCCCGAGGAAGAGAAGGCCGCUGCCGUCGAAGUGCAAUUACGCCGUCGGGCCCAGAGACUUCUUCACCCCGCCUGACUUGGACUCGGUCUUCAAAUGCUAUGUCGAGAGAGCAAAUUAGAGAAAAUUACUCCACAACAACAAGAAAAUCGCUUGGGCCGUUUUACUUUGUUUUGUCUGUUUUUGCUUGUUAGUAGCCUAGUAGGUAGGGAUGAAAAGUUAGGAGAUGGUGAAGAGUACAAGAUGUACAAAGAACUAUAUAUAUAGUAGUAGUUAUGAAAGAGGUAGUUUAGUUUUUCUUAGUUCCUUCUUCUUUGCCUUCUUGCUUCUAAUAUUUGUUGGGCUUUGUUUGAGAGACCUUGAUGUUUGUGGUUGUUCAAGUUAAAUGAGAAGGAUUAGUUUCUCUUCUUCACAUGAAAGUUCUCUCCUUUUGUGGGUUUGUAGGAAAGGUUGUCCCUUUCUUAAUGGUUGAGAUUGCUGAAUCUUGUGGUUUGAUAGUUUUAGUUUGGUUUGACAUCUACCCUUGUCAAUUUUUCAAGUGAUAGUUCUCUUCUUUUGUGGGUUUGUUGGAAAGGUUGCUACUUUCUUUGUCCUGGCCAGUUUUGAAGCCUACCCUUCAGCAUCAACCUACAAGGAGGAUUAGAGUCAUAUUGCUACUUUCUUGCUUGGUGUUUCUCAAAGUGAGUAUGAAAUAUGGAGCACUAUGAAGUAUGAAAUGCAAUAUGACUCUAACUUGGAAGAGUUAAGGUGAAAGAGAGAGAGAGUGUGUGGGGUUCAUGUAUUGAAGUGGGUGAAGUUAUUAUUCUUGUACUAUUUUAAUAGACAUAUAUAGCUAGCUCAUGCCAUUGAAGUCUGAGAAAGAGUUUUCUUCAAUUUCUAUGUUUGCAAAUUUCUAUGUGUUGCUAUUGUUAGGGUAUUUAUCUUGUGACCCUAUAGCUGAGGUAACAGUGUCACUGUACAUCACUGGUAUCUAGAGGCUAUAGUAGUAUAUAUGGAGUGGUAGGGUUUUGUGGGUAAGAGAAAAAGAGGGAGCAGAGUUUUUUUGUAGUUAUGUGGAAUUUUGGGGUUGAGUCUGGUCAGGACUCAGGAGUCAGGGGGGAGGACACAGGACAAGAGUGCUGGGCUUGAAGGCAGCCAGCCUUCUUGUGUUAAAUUUAUUUCAUAAUUCUAUUAUGAUGUAGUACUGUUUCCUUACAUGCAUACAAAUCUAUCCAUUCAUCACAAAACCCUCCAAGGGUACAAAUUUACUGGUUAAAUCGCGUAUUAUUGACUUAAGUAACGAUUUUAUUUGUUGAACCGCUAAUGUCAUCGAUUUGAUAUCCGGUAGGGUAGAGCGGGAACCUAGAGAUAGAAGAGUGAGGGGGGCAGAGAAUCCAUUUGGAUGCUUGUUCAUUUUGGUUUUCUGCCUCUGGGUUCUGCUGCUACUGCCCUAAACCCUAAUCAUUCAGCCUUUGCUUAUCCAAUCCUCUUUCCCUCUCUCUCUUACCAUAUUAUUGGGUUUCCUUCUGCAGUUGCAGUGGUAUUUUUGAAGCCUUCAGUAAAUCUAUCUUAACUUUCUUGCUUCUUCUCCUCCUUCUUCACUCCCAAGUGGGAGACACAUAACUCAUUUCUCAUGCUUAUUUUUAAGCCCUUUUUAUCAAUUUCCUCACUGAUCAACAUUAUUCUCAUUAAAUAACCAAACCCAUUUGUUAAACAUAUAUGUAUACGUAUGUGUCUAUGUCAUAAUGGGUAAGCGUGUCCCUCUUUUCUUGUUGGUAAGGUAGGUGAGUGAGAGGAUUGGUUUAAGAAUUCCAUUACCACCAUUUCUCUCUGGGUCAAGAUUGGAUUAAAGAAUGUUUUGAACUUGAUUAGGUGAGAGAGGACUUAAACUUGAAGGACCAAAGCUAGGAUAGUGUACAUAUACACACACACGUGUAGAAGUGGUAUGGUGAGAUAAAAAGGAAUUCCUUUAAGGUUCUUUAGCAUAUGCCUUUGUAUCAGUGGUAUGGUAUUGAAAGAAAAACGAAGGCAUAUAUCCAAACCAAAAGUCUGCCCUAGCUACCAAGAAACCAUACAGAAUGGUAACAAAUUUCAAGGCUGAGAACUGAGAUGGAGCUUGGAAGGUGCAUGGAUGCUUCAAGAUGUUUGUUGACUAAAGCGACCAUUCCUUGGCCUAGCUAGACCCACAAACAAGAAAACAUAAUGGAACCAAUGAGUAAAACAAAAUAACAUAAAUAUCGAUACAAAGAAAAAGGAAUAUCCCAAGCACACUAUGUCUACUACCCCAUAUCAUACGUCUCUUGAUCUCUUAUGAUGAGUUUUCACCAUUAUUAUUGGUUUCAGAUUGAGCCCUCUCCCUAGCUAUAGUUAUUGCCCUAGAGAGUGACAUUUUUAACCUCAUGUGGACAUCUUUGGGGGUGAAUUACAUGAAUGAGAACACUAUAAUUUUAGGUUGGUCGAAAAAUGGAUGAUUGAAGUUUGAGUUCUGACGAACUUGUCAUGAAAAAGUUCGAUACAACUAGCACAAAACGCAGUAGUUUCAUUUAAACUCAAAAGAUUUGUUUGUUCGAUUUGCUCAUAUAAACAUGUUGGUUCAUUCGAAUGAUUGAUAAUGAAAAGAAAAAUAUUAUAUCAAGCUCUAUAACUAAUUAGCUAUCUUGUAAGACACAUAACUCCAUAAAUGGAUUAGAGUAUUCUGGUUUAGGUCAUGCAUGACUUGAAAUGAGUUAGGGAUGGCAAUGGGUCGGCUCGGGGGCGGAUAGUGCAUAUCCGUUACCCUACCCAAUGUAGUUCGGGUUUUACCCAUACCCGUACCCACACGAGAAACGGGUAGAAAAUCAAAACCAUGCCCAUACCCGUUCGGGUUUCGGAUAUCCACGGUUAUCCAUGGGUAAUAAUUUCUCCUUAUAAUUCCAACCAAUAUGUUAACAUUCACACGUAUAUUCACAUUACGUAAGAGGAAAAGUACGACAAUAAUUCACUAGAAUGACGAAAAUUAAUUAAAACAACAUAAUUUCAUGAAAAUAUUAUAUUUAUAUGCUAAAUAUAAAAUAUUAUAGAAAAAAUAAUGAUGAUUUCUAGACAAAAUACAUAUGCAUGUGUAUAAUCGGGCGAGUUCGGGUUGGAUAGUGAGAUAACCAGGCCCACCCAUUACCCGCAAUAUUCGGGUUCGGGUUUUACCCGUACCCACGAAAAAUGCUUCGGGUUCGGGUUUUACCCUACCCGAUUAGGUCGGAUUCAGGUGGAUAUCCACGGUUACGGAUAUUUUUGCCAUCCCUAAAAUGAAUCAUACAAAUUACAUAAUUAGGUCAUGCAUGACUUGAAAUGAAUCAUACAAAUUACAUAAUUAAAUGGAUUAGAGUGU